UUAUGUUUAAAUAUGUGUAAUAAGUCCGAUUUAAUCAGCUCUGUCCAUUCAAAUUGGUUUUAAACCUCAUCCUGUUCAGGUGGGAGGAUUUUAACCUGUGUCCCUUGGAUCGGAUUAAUUCCGGUUGUGUCCGGUUAACCUGGUUCAGGAAGCUGAAUGUUUAUGGGCAGGCAUUAGUCGGUGCAGCGCUCAUGUCCCUGGACUGUGGGAGGCAGCCGGAGUACCCGGAGAGAACCCAGCCAGGCGGGAGAACCAGAGGAGCCUCCUGGCUGGUCCAGCUCGUUGCUGCUGCUUGUCUCGGCCUGCAGGGGGCAGCAGAGGCUACGUGGACUAUAAAGCGGAACUUUGAGUUUGCCGUGUUUCCCCCGGACUGCUGCACAGCUGGUGCAGCGGCGGCAGCGACGGUGUUCAGUUGAGGCUUGACGAUCGAUUAUUGAUCGGAGGACCAUAAUGCAGUGCGACUGGCUUCAUUCAGGUCCGCAGCUGUGGCUCAGGUGCGUCCACAGACAGGUGAGGCUGAGGACGGGGAAGCAGGAGGAGCACCGCGGGUGGCUGCUGACCGUGGACCCGGUGUCCCACAGCGUGGUGCUGCUGAGCUUCAGGGAGGACGGAGCUUCGGUGCGUGUGGUUAUGGGUCACGCUGUGAAACACGUGGAGGUUCUGCAGGAGCCGGACCAGGACAUGGCCGAGCGCCUCCGCUCCUUCUUCCAUGCCCCCAACACCGUGAGUUUGGACCCUGAGGAGCUGCUGAGGAGAAGACUGGCGGUCUGCAGGUGGCUCCAGAAGAACCGGCUUCCUGUGGAGGAGGACGGAGACGAGCUGAGGGUGGCCGGGGUUCUGACCAUUAAGGCUCCGUACCGACCCGAGGACUGCUGCAGCUCCAACCAGAUCAUCCUGGACCGAAUCCAGAGACUGGUCCGGCUCCAGCCCGACCCGCAUCUAGAGACCAUCCAGGACUAACUGGAAUCACAUCCACUAACUGAUUCACGUCUUACUAGAACCUAAUGGAGAUACUGGUCCAGAUUCAGCCGGAACCACAGAAUGAGCCACAGUAAUUCUGGCUCCGUCUGAAUCUUUCAGUCCAGCUAAGGGGGACAUGCAUCAGGAGUGAUGCAGUCUAAUUAUUUAGCAAAGGGCGAUUAAUGGACUCUAGACAGAUUCAUCAGAGGUUCUUCUGAACAGAACCGGUUGGAAACGGGAACAUCAGCCGACCGGCAGCUUCAGAGGCGCGUCUGAUGUGAAGAAGUGUCCAAUCAGUGUUCCUCGUUAAGGUCCAAUAAAUCUAUUCUGACUGAAAACUAAA